AUGAACUGGAAAAAGGCUUUAAGUUUAGCAGGUGGAGCAGCAGCAGUUGUUGCCUUGACAUAUAUGCUAAUGAAAGAUGAUGAAAAUGAUGAUGAAAAUGAUGACAAUCCAAAAAGAAAUAGAUCAGGGAAAAGUUCCAAUAGAAUAAUGAAAGGAGAUUCGAUGACAAGAGAAGAUUUACUUCAGUUAUUAAACGAAAUGCUUAAAUUGCAAACAGAUAUGAAAAAUAUCGUAAAAAUUUUAAUUCAAGUUGCAAAGGAUAACAACUAUGACUUUAUGACGGUUUACAAUGAAGCAAAAAAACAUAAUACAAUAGACCCAUUAGGAAAAUAUCAAAUUGAAAUGCCUGAGUUUGACAAGGUUGUCGAAAGCUAUCACAGUGAUCCAGAGGUUAAAGAAGCAGUUUCUAAACUUAUGACAUCCCAAGAAAAUUACUAUUCAAACAUCAGCGACUCAGCAAUAUUGAGCGUCGACAAAAUUAUUGAAAUACAUCAUUUUAUGUUAAAUGAGUUAUAUAAGAUCGAUCCAGAAUUUAAAAAAAUUCCAAAUACAAAUGAAUUAGAUCCAAAACUUAUAGCACUAGUUAUUCAGUCUAUAAUUAGUGCGAGAGUAGAGGAUGAAUUCAAUUUAACAUCAGAAGACGUAGAGGCCUCUAUUGCAAAUCAACAAUAUGCAUUAACAUCAAAUAUGGAAUUUGCAAGAAUCAAUAUACAGAUGCAAACUGUUAUGAACAAGUUUAUGGGUGACCAUUUUAAAUUUAUGUGUGAUAGGGAAGGAGGCUAUUAA